UUAACCUUUUCAAAUAGAGGCGCGUCAAAAUGGCGUCCGAAGACUCAGUUGCGAGCUCAGCUCAAGCACUGGUCAGCUUAAAGGAAGGGUUAAGUUCACCACAGAGAACUGGUCAUUAUCCUUCCAGAAUCAGGAAAAAGAAUAGUAGGUUCUUUAAUGAAGAUGAAGAUACAGAUUACCAGGUUAGCAGAACUCCUAAAAGAAGAGUUAUACAACAACCAGCUCCAAUACCACCACAAGUAUAUGUUGCUGUUCCAGUUGUUCCUCCACCUCCUGCUCAUUUUAGUGGCCUUGAUAAGAGGAUUGCCCAGGCGACAGGCAUGAGAUUGAGAAAUCUGCUAAAAUUGCCUAAAGCUCACAAAUGGGUGUGUUAUGAGUGGUUUUAUUCCAAUAUUGAUGCCCCUCUCUUUUUAGGUGAAAAUGAUUUUUGUAUUUGUCUGCGAGAGUCUUUCCCACAGUUAAAAUGUAAAAAAUUGCGGAGAGUGGAAUGGAAUAAGAUUCGAAGGCUUAUGGGUAAACCUAGGCGUUGCUCUCCAGCAUUCUUAGCUGAGGAGAGGGCAGUCUUAGAAGAAAGGAGAGAUAAAAUCAGACAACUACAACAAAGAAAAACUUUGGAAUUUAACUCUAUAAAGGAAUUACCUGAUGAAAUUCCUCUGCAUUUAGUAGUUGGCAACAAAGUUACAGCAAGACUUCGUAAACCUCAGGAUGGAUUGUUUACUGGAACAAUAGCAGCUCUUGAUACAGCAGACAACUCCUAUAGAGUCACAUUUGAUAGACCAGGUCUAGGAACACAUUCAAUACCUGAUUAUGAAGUCUGGAGUGAUGAUCCUCCAGACACUAUUCCUAUAACUGCCUUUCAAGAAAAACCAAAAAGACAGGGGGCUACUAAACCAACAUUUCAGAAUAUAGCACCAAAAUUUAUUCCAGGUUAUGUGCAUACUAAAUCAGCUUCUUUUCAACAUGGAGGUGAUGUUUCAAUAAGACCAGCUUUUCCUCCAGUUGAAGGUAUGGAGACUCAGUCACCAUUUAAAGGCAAGCUAGUCAGUUUGGAAGGUGGAACUUAUGGAGGUUUUCCAAUUAAAUUUCUGGUCUUAGUGACUAGGUUAUCAAAAAUACUGCAGGUGAAAAAGGAUUGGAUCAAACAGCUAAGUGAUAUGAACAGUGCAGCUGAGAAAAAGAGAUCCUUUCAAGAACCAAUUACAUUAGGCUUUCAAAAAACCUAUGCAGGAAUUGUAUUAGAACUGGAGAAGUUGAACAAAGAUCUGAAUGAUUAUCUCAAUGGAGUGCAAACUUAUUGUUUAGAUAUUGCUCCAGAACAGGGAGUGACCCCAGCAGAGCCUCCAUCUGAGAUCCGAAGGAAGUGUGAUAUGGAAGCUGAGGAAACGGUGGCAAGAAUAUGCAGAGGCAUGUUACAGAAUCGGCGUACUGCAAAUAAUGAAAGAAUUCUCAAAUUAGUGUCAGAUCUCACAUCUAUAAUGCUUCAAAUAAGAACGUUCUCAGAGAAUGAAAACAGUUCAUUUGAAUUUGGUUGUCUUCAAGAAAGUUUACAGUCAAUCAAAAGUCGACUAGAUGCCAACAAUAUAAAUGUCUUUCAAAAUAAUGUAGAAAUUCACAUUAAUCACAUACAAAGUGGUUUAAGUCAGAUGGGAAAUCUUCAUGCCUUUGCAUCAUCAAGCAGGACAAAGUUAUAGCACAUUUGACUGAUGUUGCAGUGUAAAGUUAUUGUUAAUUUGUCAUUUCAUAAUUGUAUUAUUUAUCAUGCCUUUUAUCAUGUUUGUUCUCAAACCUCGCCUUUCCUCAAGGUCAAAAUAGAACAUCUCAUGUUAUUGAUUUAUUUAGCAAUAAUGAAACAUUGGAUUUGUAAUUUAUUAUCAAUAAAUUAUGUUGCAUUUUUA